AUGGAGGAUGAGGGAAAGGCAGUGAGGGAGGAAUCGGCCAGACGGCCGAUGAUCCUGAUGUACGACGUCGGCAGAGACAUCGAAAAGGAUAGGUUAGGAAAGCUUCUGGCGGAACAAAAUCCAGACUUAGGUAUCGGUGAGGAGACCGUGAUCCCCCUCUUCAUGAAGGGGCCCAAGACGGGUGAUUCUGUAUGGUGGGUCUGCGCGGUCGCGCCAGACGCGUACCAAAAGGUUACGACCUUUUGGUAAGCGUAGGUAAGCGCGUGUAUUUAGGCAUGUCGUGUUGUCGAGUCGUAGAGUUUUCCGACGUUGUUAGGUGCUUCAAGUGCCAACGCUUUGGUCACCGCGCGACUAAGUGCCCUGCGGUAAAUGCGCAGAAGUUGGUCACCAAGCCAAGGACUGCAAGAGCAAUGCCUCAAGGUGUGCCAAUUGCCAGAACGCGGCCCCAUCGGCCCACUCAGAAUGCGCAGCCAAGCUCAGGGCGACGCUAAACGCGGCCCGUAGGACGGACUUCGGUAGGACUUCGAAAUGAUUUCGGAAUAUUUUUCGGUGGCCCAGCUGAACAUGUGCGGACAGGAGAUCGUGUCCGACCAGUUGCUGGACUACAGUAGGAAAAACGGGGUCGAGGUACUUCUGCUUCAGGAUGUACCUACCUCGGGGGGGAGAUUGAUAGGUUUCGACUACAGCGCCGCGAAAGUGGUUCUCAGUUGUAGGGAUGGUAGUGCAGGGGCGGCCAUAGUUGUCUUAAGUCNACUUCGGCUAACUGGGGCAUCCGGCAAGCGACUUCGGCCGUAAUAUACAAGGCGGUAUUCCUGCCUCGUAUCACUUACGCGUCGGAGGUCUGGGCGUCGGGUGUGCUCACGGCCAAGGCGGUAAAACUCCUAGGCAGCAAGCAGAGGAGGGCCCUUUUGUCGCUCACAGGGGCAUACAGAACCACUUCUACGGACGCGUUGCAAGUGGUUGCUGGGCAGCUGCCUCUGGAUUUGGAAAUUCGAUGGAGUGUGGUUAGGAAAAAGAGGAAGGUCGGGCUCGUCUCCGAGGAGGAGAAAGUCGAUCAGUGGAGUAGGAUCUUGGAAAUAUGGCAAACCAGGUGGGACACCAGCGAGAAGGGGCGAUGGACCCACUCGAUGAUCCCUAAGGUCAAAAGGAGGCUUGAGGUGCCGCUCGAGGUCGACCACUGCGUGACCCAGUUCCUCACGGGGAACGGGGAUUUCAACGCCAAGUUGAACUCCUUCGCGCUGCGGGGAUCGGGGGCUUGUAGGUGCGGUACUGAGAACGAGACGGUUGAUCACGUGCUCUUUAGGUGUCCGGAACUAACGCUCGUGAGGGACCAGUUGAUUAGGGACAUAGGCGGGGGCGUGGCGAGGCCGUGUUCGACCGAGGUGUUUUUGAACACUAGGUCGAAUUAUCGGGCGCUAUGUCGCUUCGCGAAAUCAGCGAUCGAGGCCAAACAGUUGGCGGAUAGGUUAGAAUAG